CCGCACCGCACCGCACAGCACCCUUCCCUUCCCUGCCCUGCCCGGCCCGCACGGCUGGGCGGGAUGGCGGAGGACGGGGGUCCGGACGGCCCCGGACAAGAGCCGCUGCUGGAAGUGUGGCUCAACCGAGCCACCGAUCCAAGUAUGCCAGAGGAGAACUGGGAGUGUAUCCAGCGCUUCUGCGACCGGGUGAAUACUGAUCCAAAAGGACCCUCUCUUGCCCCCUUAUUGCUGGCCCACAAGAUCCAGUCUCCCCAGGAAAGGGAAGCUCUUCACGCCUUAACGGUUUUGGAGACCUGCAUAAACCACUGUGGGGAGAGGUUCCACGACGAGGUGGCCAAGUUCCGCUUCCUGAAUGAGUUGAUCAAAGUGCUCUCUCCCAAGUACCUCGGGGCCUGGUCCACAGAGAAAGUCAAAAAGAGAGUCACAGAAAUAAUGUUCAGCUGGACAGUUUGGUUCCCUGAAGAAGUCAAAAUCCGAGAUGCUUAUCAGAUGUUGAAGAAACAAGGAAUCAUAAAGCAGGACCCCAAGUUACCGGAGGAUAAAAUUUUACCCCCUCCUUCUCCCAGGCCCAAGAGCACCAUUUUUGAUUCCGAUGAAGAGAAAUCAAAGCUUCUGGCCAAACUACUGAAGAGUAGCCACGCCGAUGACCUGGAGGCCGCCAACCGGCUGAUCAAGAGCAUGAUCAAAGAGGAUCAAGAGAAAUGCGAGAAGGUGUCCAGGAGAGCGAGUGCCAUCGAUGAAGUCCACAGCACCGUGAACCAGCUCAAGGAGAUGCUGAGCAGUUAUCGGAGGCAGGACCUGACCCAGCCCAACCAGGAAAUCCUGCGGGGCCUGUAUGAGCGGUGUGAGAAGCUGAGGCCCACCCUGUUCCGGUUGGCCAGUGAUACCGUCGAUGACGACGAUGCGUUAGCGGAGAUCCUCAAGGCCAACGAUCAGCUCACGCAGGGAGUCCUCUUAUACAAGGAGGUGGUGGAGGGUCAGAAGAGCAAUGGAAGCCGGAACUCCGACGAUGCUGCUGGCGCGCCGGGUUGUUCACGCAGCUCUCAAGACUCCAGAGACUCCAGGGACUCCAGGGGAACCAUCAAAAGCUACACUUUGAUUGAUUUCUCUGAACUGGACUCAGGAUCGGUGGGAGAGCCCACGGCCCCAGCCGGUUCGGACAGCGGCUUGUCGUCACUCUGCCUCCUCAAGGAGGAGCUGGCUGUCUUAGGGCUCAACAGUCCACCAGCCUCACUGCAGACGGCCCCCCAGUUUGGAGACACGAAGGUUACGGGACAGAAUGGCUGGAAGGAGCUGAGCUCUACUCCCAGCCAGAUACCCCCUGGGCCCUGCAGAGCCAGGAUGACAAAUGGCAGCGUUGGGAGCAGAUCUCCAGAGAAGAAUGUGCCUCUGGGCCUGGGAGAACCUCAGGUCUCGCCUCAGGGCCAGAGUUUUCCUUGGAAUCUCCUUCCUCUGAAGGUGCCCUCCCAGGACCCCUUGCCAGCACCCCCUCAAGAGGCUUCCCUCCCAGACAGGCCCUGGGAGACCAAGUCGUCUGGCGCUCCUUCCCAGCUGGAAUCCCUGGACGCGUCUUUAGCUCAGCUUUUCGUUCCACUGGGAUCAAUUAAACCCAGCAGGCUUCCUCCCAUCACGGUGUAUGACAGGAACGGCUUGAAGGCCAUGCUCCACUUCUCCCUGGCUGAAGCUGCCCCGGGCCACCCGGAGGUGCAGGCGCUGGUGCUGUCGAUGCUGAGCACGGCACCUCAGCCCGUCGGAGACAUCGUGUUCCAGGCAGCGGUGCCCAAGGCAAUGAGAGUGAAACUGCAGCCGGCCUCCAGUUCCAAGCUGCCUCCAUUCAGCCCCUUCCUGCCUCCCGUCGUGAUCUCUCAGGUCCUGUUGCUUGCCAACCCUCACAAAGAGCCCGUCCGUCUGAGGUACAAGCUGACAUUCACCCAGGGCGGGCAGCCAUUCAGCGAAGUCGGAGAAGUGAACACAUUCCCGGAACCGGAGCUCUGGGGAACGAUCUGACUGGGCCCCUGGAAGGACUUGCCAGAUGUUGCCUUUCCCUCUAGCCCACCCCCCCAGUUGCCUUCCUUUUCCCCCCGAGGAAUCCCCCACCUGUUCCCCUCUGGACUCCAGCUGGUAGGUUGAGCACGGAGCGGUGCCGGAACAUCCCGCUCAGCCCCAGGUAUUUGGAAGCAGGAGGGCGGGACCCACUGCCGGAACGAGGGUGACAACAGCAUAGGAACUGGUUUGUCUUGGGCAUCCCACGGGUGCCUAUCCCACCCAGCAAUGGUGGCGGGUCGGGGAGGCGACUCAUCACCUUUGAGGAGUUAGAGAAAGUGAGGGGGUGGGGAGGAGGAGUAGUUCUCUAAGCCAAAACUCAGGAGACGAGCGUCUACACUUCUGGAAGUCUACCUCCAGAAGCUGCCUUCUGAUUCUACGUACGCACACUCUCUCUUUUUCUGUCACACACACACACACUCCUUAACGCCUUUUCAGCCUUUGAGACUCUUGGGAGGGCCCCGCCAGCUCCUCUCUCUAAAGAGCCAUGGGUAAACCUGGUUGGUGCUCGGAGAAGGGGACAUUUCUGAGCCAGCCGGUCCACGUGCCUUGGGGACCAUUUCAGAAGAACCUUUCCCUCUAUUUUCAUGCAAACCGUAUUAUUGUCCGAAAGGUCUUUCUGGGUACUUUUCAUAUGCUGAUUGCGUAGGUCCUUGAAGAAUAGAUUUCUUCAGGCAACCCGCUAGAAGGGGAGAAUGCUAGAGUUUCUAGACUGUAAGCUCAUUGUUGGCAGGGAAUGUGUCUUGUCUAUUGUUGUAUCCGUUCAUUCAGUCGUAU